AUGUUAUUUAUUUUUAAUUUAUUUUUAAUCUUUUUAAAAAGUAAAAAAAUAUGUUUUAAAUUUGUUAUCUUAAUAAUAUUUAUUAACAAAACUGUAGGAGAAAACUUAUAUUUUCAUAACAUCCGAUGUUAUUCAUGUACAUCAUUAGAUGGUGAAAAGCUUUUAAAUGAUAUUAAAGAUUAUAAUUGGCAUAAAUGGAUGGAAAAUAUACGUUAUGUUCCAUAUACAGAUGGAUGUUCUGAUACCUUUACUCCUGAUAUUGCAUUACGAUCGGGUGCAAAAAGUCAAGAAUGUGAAAAUGGUAUAUGUAUGAAGAUGUCAUUAAUGUAUCUUAAUAGAACAUCAAAAGUAUGGAGAGGUUGUAUACCAAAAUCAAAAAAUCAAAUAAGAACUGAUUGUACAAAAAUAUCAUCUAAUGAGGGAUCAAUGGAAUUAUGUACAUGUGAUAAUCAUUUAUGCAACAAUAUCAAUAAAAUAAAAUAUAAUUAUAUAUUAUCAAUAUUAUUUAUUAUCUUUUGUUUAAAAUACUAA